UCCUCAGCCAAACAAGGACCACAUUACUGUCCACGAGAUAGUUCGGAGAAUGCGACACGAUACCAUUGCCGUUUGAUUCUGUGACUGUCAAAACUUCAAGUUGUGAUAACAAGCUCCAAUUAGGAUUUGCCAAUCAGAGCCCUUUCCACCUGCUCACUGCAAUCCUAUCUAUAAUGGCCCCUUCUGCGGAUUGCAGAAAUCCAUCCGGCGAGGACAGGCAGAAGCAUCAUGUGGUGAUGUUUCCAUUCAUGGCGCAGGGCCAUAUCAUUCCCUUCAUCCAGCUUUCUAACCUCCUUGCCGCUCGAACAGGAUUCACCAUCACCAUCGUAAGCACUCCUCUCAACGUUCAGGCCUUAACACCCACCAUUCAAUCUGCCCACCAAAAUGACUCCGCUCUUGACAUACGCCUAGCGGAGCUCCCUUUCUCCAGUGCCGAUCAUGGCUUACCACCGCAUACAGAGAACACUGACUCGCUGCCUUACUCACAGGUCCUUACUCUCAUGGAAGCCGCAGAGUAUUUGCAACCCCACUUCGAGAAUCUGAUCCGCAGGAUCUGCUCAGAAGAUGGGCGCACUCCGCUUUGUAUCAUCAGCGACAUGUUCCUGGGCUGGACCCAAGACGUCGCCGACCUGUUUGGAAUACCCAGAAUCUUCUUUCUCACCUGUGGCGUUUAUGGCACCUUGCUCUAUUACUCUAUGUGGAAUCAUUUGCCCCAUACCAAGACCGACUCAGAAGAGUUUAUUCUCCCAGAUUUGCCUCAUAUUUCUUUGCAUCGAUCUCAGCUCCCCACUAACAUAAAAAUGGCGACUGGAACGGAUCCCUGGAGCUUGUUUCAGGCUCGCCAUAUAUCUCCCAAUAUGCGCAGCUGGGGAUUUAUAUGCAAUUCCUUCGAACAGAUUGAGCACCGCUAUUUGGAACACCUCAGAAAAUCCACAGGCAGGCCUGUCUGGGCGGUUGGCCCUCUCCUCCCUCCAGAAUUUAUUUCUUCCACUCAAUCUCACGCCGUCCGUGACCAGUUAUUGCAAGGUAAGGAAGCAAAUGGAGCCAGCGAUGCAAUUUCCUGCUUGCGCUGGCUCGAUUCUCAGAUUGUUUCCAGUGUGCUCUAUGUUUCUUUCGGCUCACAGAACACGAUCUCUGCGUCGAAUAUGAAAGAAUUGGCAUUGGGUAUGGAAUCAAGUGGGCAGCCUUUCAUAUGGGUAGUGAGGCCGCCGAUUGGCGUACCGUCGACUAAGGAGUUUUCGUCAGAGUUUCUUCCGGAUGGGUUUGAAGAGCGAAUGAAGGUCAAAAAUCAGGGACUAGUUAUUAAGAAAUGGGCGCCCCAGCGUGAGAUUCUGUCCCAUCCUUCGACCGGAGGAUUUUUGAGCCACUGUGGAUGGAAUUCGACACUGGAGAGUCUGAGCCAGGGCGUUCCCAUGAUUGGAUGGCCAAUCGCGGCAGAGCAGUAUUUCAAUUCGAAGCUUCUAGAAGAGGAGGUCGGGGUGUGUGUGGAGAUUUGCAGAGGAAGUGAGGGAGAAUUGACGAAGGAGAAGGUGGAGAGGACGGUGAAGAUGUUGAUGUGGGAAGAGAAAGGCGGUGGGAUGAGAGAAAGAGCUGCGGCCAUGAGAGAUGCUGCCAGAAAAGCAGUAAUGGACAACGGAGAAGGAGCCGAGAAAGGCUCGUCCGUUUGUUAUGUUGACGACAUGAUACAAAAUAUUCUUACCACUUCUUGCCUGUCUCGAUCCUUGUAAAAAGUGAUAACCUUUCAAAACUAAUUUUCACGUUUAAUUGUUCCCGGACAUUGAAUGGCUCAGUUGCCGCUGCUAAUGUAUUCAUUUCGUAUGGGGUAGAACCAGUAUCUGCUAAGUUAGAGUUCCCUACGUAACCUACAAAAUAUUAAAAAAAAAGAGUCAAGAUGGCAUUUUAUAAAUGAUCUUGAAUGGUAAAUGAAUCAUUAU